GCUUAAUCGAGGUAGGUGUAGCGCAUAGUCCUUGUGGCGUUGUUUCGUUGAUUGAAUUAAAUAUUUCGCCUGAUACGCUUGUGCGUCUACGUUUCAAAGCCGCCAGAAAUUCGUUUCGGGGACAAAAAAUGUGGUCCAAAAUUUGCAUACACACAGUGCGGCGUAAUGUGUAAAGAACGGUAGGAGGAGUGCGGCAUACCGAUGCUUCUCAUUAAUUCGUCCAUUUAAUUGCACUUGCGAUGGAACGGGAGCAGCAGCCAAUGCAUCUUGGAGGUCGUCCCGUCGAUUUAAAAUUCCCCGGACGUAGUCAGUGUCGGAGUGUCGGAGUUGAUCGUAGCUUCAUUUUGAAUUCGAGCAGUUUUACGGACUUUGGGUGUCGUCGAAUCCCUUCGACCGCGAUGUGAUGGGGGAUUGAAACGUGUGUCUUCGCCGGGCUGCGAAAUGGUGGGAUGGUUGGUUGGCCACUGUAUUUUGAUUAUAAAAAGCUCAGUAUCGGCAGGCAAAAGGCAUCAGUCGCAAUCGUGUCUUCACUGCAGUCAAGUAUCUUCAGCUUAUCAAGCCCCAACCACACCAAACAAUCCCAUCCAAGAUGUACUCCAAAGUUGUGAUUGCCUUCGCUCUGUGCGUUCUGAGCACCGUUUCGGCCGGCGUCGUUCCCGUGGCGGCUCCGUUGGCGGCGGCUGGUGUCAUUGCACCGUACGCCACGUCGUACAAUGCGCACACGGUAAACCACAACAUUGCUGCCCCGUACGUUGCUGCCACCCCUGUUGCCGCUCCGGUCGCUGUGGCCAAGUAUGUCGCCGCGCCUGCCCCAGUGGCGGCCGUUGCACCAGCAGUGGCCAAGUACGUUGCUGCCCCGGCUGCCGCCUACACCGCUUACAGUGCGGCUGCUGCCCCGGCUGCCUACACCGCCUACAGUGCGGCUGGUGCUCCGGUGCUGCCGGCUGCCGCCUACACGGCCUACAGUGCCGCCACCUAUCCGUACCUCUUCUAAAGGUGCCUGUGAUGUAUUUCUGUUGAUCUUCGCGAUUCAAGAACGCUUGCCCUUCUUCUGCCCUGCAGUAGUACAGUUCUUACCGCAGGGGAGUUCCAUCUCCCAGCUGAGCGAUAGCUUCCGAUCGGUGUAAUGCAAAAUAUACGAAUAAUUGUGUAACGUAAAUCCUUAUCUUACUGCAAAGUUUUUUUUUCCCCGUGCUUAUUAUUACCCAGUUAAGCAGAAUGGCAUACCGAUCCUUUUUGGCUGGAAACCAUUACAGGUCCGAAU